AUGGGUCAUAUGAAUUAUUCAAAUUUGGAAAAAUACCAGGUAAUUAGAUGAGCCUGGUAGUCACCUACUUGGGCAGUUAGCUUACUUGAAGAAGAAGAAGAAGAAGAAGAAGAAGGAGAAGAAGAAGAAGAAGGAGGAGGAGGAGGAGGAGGAGGAGGAGGAGAAGAAGAAGAAGAAGAUGGGCUCACCGAAACAGGUUUAUUUAGAUGCUGACAUUUCGAAGAGCCUGGUCGGCUCUCCACAGUCAAAGCGUAAAAUGCACUUAAUCGACCAGUAA